UUGACCAUUUAACAGUCAUGUUUGAAGAGCUACCUUCCUGGGAUACAGAAAGAAAAUAUUAUCCUAGUGAAUUAGAGCUUUUUUAUGAGGAUGAAGAAAGAGAAGAGAUAUACCAGAUAGGCACCCAGUCGACAUUGUUGCAAGCAUUGCAACACCAAAGAUACUUUGUGAAAGCUGGGACUCCUACUUUUUUUGUUUUGGUAAAAUAUACUCCUUUCUCUAAAAACUACUUUUGGGGGAAGAAAGUUCACUGGCUUAAGUGAGUGAAUAUGAACUUUUUAAAAAAGAACAAGAACAGCAUAUGCUGUGACGAGCACCGUUUAGCUUUCUAAACUGGGACUAUGCUUUACUUUUCUGCCGUCACAGUGACAGUCAACUAGAACGUGUCCUGCCAGUCCCAUAGGAAGGAAUGUGAAAAACUGAAUAUUAACAAGGCUGCAGAACUGGAACUGGCAUUUAUCACAUUUCUGCAUUUUUACAAUGUAAUACUGCUAACCUGCCUUGCAGACCAAGAAUCUGGUUCUCUCUCAAGGUACUCAACUGGCCCUAUUUCUGUUAAUUUAAUAAUAUCGUACCUGCAGACCAACCACAGGUGUUGAUUGGUUAUUCUGUAGCUGUAUUUGUGUGUGUGUGUGUGUAUGUGUAUGUGUGUGUGUGUGUGUGUGUGAAGCUGCAGC